ACCUGAAGUAAUAACCUCUCUCCGUGGAGAAGUCUUGAGACCCUCGUCUCCUGAGAAAAAGAAAAAAAAAACCUGUCUUUUCAAUCCAAACAAACCUCUUCUGUCCGUGGAGCUGCUGUUUCGAUCGCUUACAACGAGAGUCUCUGUGUUCUUGAACUUGCAAAGAAAUGGACAGCAUCAGUGCUUUGCCUGAUGAACUCUUAGGGAAGAUACUCUCGUUAGUUCCAACAAAACUUGCUGUAUCCACCAGCAUCUUCUCUAAGCGAUGGAAGUUCCUUUGGAUGUAUUUGCUUAAACUCGACUUCAUCGAUAGAGAUGAGUCACUGCUUGUACUCAAGGACUUCAUCCACAAGAAUCUCCCGCUACACAGAGCUCCCGUCAUAGAAAGCUUGCGUCUUUCUUUAUACGAGUCAAUAGAGACAAACAUCAAACCUGAAGAUAUCAGAACGUGGGUUGAGAUCGCUGCAUCUCGCCAUCUGCGUGAGCUUGACGUUUCUUAUUCUUCGGAUAAGAAAGAAAACAUGGUUCCCGACACCUUGUUCGCUUGCAAGACGCUUGUGGUCUUGAAACUCAGAUUCUUGACUCUCGUGGAUGUUCCUCCCUCUACGGCUUGUUGUCUUCCCUCUUUGAAGACUUUGCUGCUUGAGCUUGUGGUAUUCGAAGAUAAAGAACCUUUUCAAGCGCUUCUCUCGAUAUGUCCUGUCCUCGAAGAUCUAGAGGUGUGGUUCCGUGAGGAUGAAAGUAUGGAAGAGUUCGCUAUCAACGUCCCGUCUCUGCGGAAGUUGUGUCUGCAUGUGUCUUAUUACUGGACCUCGUUGGAGCGGUAUGAGAUAGAUACUCCAUGUUUGGAGUAUCUCGACCUUGCGGAUUGGAAUGAUUGUUCUUGUUUGGUUAAGAAUAUGGCUAAGCUGGAGAAAGCACAUGUGGAUGUUGUGUCUUUUGCUGUCAAAAAUGUUAUUGGAUCAGUCACAUCUGUCAAGCAUCUUACAGUUUGCUCUGAGGAUGUGUAUGGGGAUGGUAUUGUUUUCGACCAGCUUGAACAGCUGGAGCUAUGUAUUUGCAAAGAUGAUUCCUCGAAUCUCCUUGCUCAAUUUCUCAAAGAUUCUCCAAACUUAAGAGUCUUAGGCAUCUCUCAGCUAGAUUUACAUGGAGAUUUGAAGAUCAAUGAGAUGGGUUUCUGGAACCAACCGAGUUCUGUUCCGGAGUGCUUGUUGUCCAGUCUAGAGAUUUUGAACUGGGGAGGGUACUUUGGGAGAGCACAAGAUAGAGAUAUAGCGGUUUAUAUCUUGAGAAACGGUCGUCAGUUAAGGACAGCAACGUUCUGGGCUAAUAAUAACGAGCAUGAUGUUCCAUACCUCGAGAUGAUCAAGGGGUUGACACUUUCUUCCCGAGCUUCAAGCACAUGCGAACUCGUGUUUAUUGAUUGAGUUGCCUUGAGAGAAAUCAUUACAUGUCUUUUCAGUUGUGUAGUAGAAUCCUAAUUUGAUCUGUUCUCGUGUGUAAGCGUAUUGCUGACUAUGUAUGUUGACAGAGGAUUUGUGUUUCCAUCUGUUUUCGUGUGUGUCCAACAAUGAUCAGAUUGUUCCCUAUAUUUAUGUAUUAAUAUUUAAACUUAUGCACUCAA